AUGGCGACUGAAGCCCACUGUGCAUACUGCUUCGAGUCGCUGGCCUCAAGCCUCGAAAAGCGUCCUGUCCUUAGCCUCCGCCAGGUAGAAACACUAUGGAAGAAGUACAAAGCCGAGCCCAAAAUCACCGAGGCUGUUGCCGAAUAUGAAGCUGACGGCGAUGCACCUGCUAAGCCCGCCGCCAUAUCGCGUCUGCUCUCGCCCUCAUCGGGCACCUCUUCUAGCGCAGCGUCCACGCCCAGCGGCGUCAGCUCAGCGAGCAGUGCAGGGACAAGCGUAACCUCGCUCGGCACAGCACUGCAGAAGGAGGAGAGCGUGCAAGGGGACCAUCCGCUGUUCGUGACGUGGAAUACGCUAUCAAGGAGCGGGAACAAGAGACUGAGGGGGUGCAUUGGGACGUUUGAGCCUUUGGAUCUGGAGGAGGGACUGGGAAGCUAUGCGUUGACGAGUGCGUUCGACGACACACGUUUCUCUCCCAUCACUGCGCGCGAACUCCCCACCCUGCAGUGCGCCGUCACGCUCCUCACCAACUUCGAACCCACGCCCAGCAACGACCCCUUGGCAUGGGAAAUCGGCACACACGGACUUCGUCUGUCCUUUACACACCACGGCCGGCGCUAUGGGGCUACGUAUCUACCAGACGUGGCGCACGAACAGGGUUGGACCAAGGAGGAGACGCUGAUAAGCCUGAUGCGCAAGGCGGGGUGGGGUGGUAAGAAAGACGACUGGCAGAAUGUUGGACUGAAAGUGGUACGAUACCAGGGGAAGAAGGUGGCGUUGGACUACAAGGAGUGGAAGGGGUGGCGGGAGUGGGUAGAUGAGGAGAUGGCUGACAAGUAA